GGACGGGGGCGGAGGGCGGCGAGAGACCCGGAGGAGGGCGCGUCGGGGCGGGGGCGCCGAGUCCAAGGGCACCGGCGGUCUGUGGGCCCGGGAGGGGAGCUGGGGCCGAGCCCAGGCGGCGGGAGAGAGGGCGAGUCUGAUUCAGGAAGUUGUGUCUCUGACAUCAGGGGCAGGACGGAGUUGGAGUGAAACCUCAAAAAUGCGAGCCGUCGGCCCGCGGGAGGGCAGAGAGCGCAGACGGUGCCUUCCUCCGGGCGAGCGGCAGGUACGCGCGGCGCCCGGCUCCCGCUGACCCCUCCACUCGGCACCGGGCUCCGCGCGGGGAGCGGGCUUCCGCACCGGGACCUGGACCUCUCCCGGGUCCCGCCGCUGUCAGACGGGCCUCGAGCGCGCGGGGGACCCCUGCGCCACCGCGCCUGCAGGAAGCCCUCCGGUGCACCCAAAGCUGCUAACAUUGGCAUGCCCAAACCCAAAGUUGGAAGAGGAAUAAGUUCCAAGUGGACAAGCCUGCAUCCCCUGGAGCCCAGGACUUGCUAGGGAGCGGAGAGUUUCCCUUGGCCCCGGUUAGCCAAGCACCAUGGAGAAAAUCAGCUCCUUCUUCAGCAUCAUGUGGGACACCGUCUUGACCAAACACCAAGAGGGUCUGUUCAACACCAUCUGCCUGGGCAUCCUCCUGGGGCUGCCACUGCUAGUGGUCAUCACGUCCCUCUUCAUCUGCUGUCAUUGCUGCUGGAGCCGGCUGGGCAAGAAUGGCCAACAGCCGGAGCAGAACAAGGGGAAGAAGAGGAGGAAGAGGAAGAAGAAGGCUGAAGAAGACCUCUGGAUAUCUGCUCAGCCCAAGCUUCUCCAGAUGGAAAAGAGACCAUCACUGCCUGUCUAGGCAAGAAGCACAGGCGUCCACCCCUGGGGGCUGAGCCACCUGUUAACUACACACGGGCUAGAAAGCAAGAACCCCUAAAGUGAUGCGCUCGUGUCCCCAGAGGGGUGAAGCAAGGGACAAACCUCAGGCUGACUGCCCCCACGGAGGACAGCCCAGGAAGAACACGGACAAUUCUUGGGGACUGUCUUGGCAGCUAUGUGUCCAAUAGCAAUGCUCUUUGCCGGAGACUCAGGCAUGCCUUCCACGUAUCUCUAGCAAGCUCCAUAUGCAAAAGCACAAAGAAUGUUUGUCCAUAUAGCUUGACAUGUCUCCCGAAUGCACACACGUGCACACACAUACACACACGCACGCACAUUCAGGCAACAGGUACCUGGGUAAAUAUAUCCUGUUCAUCAAAUGGCCAUUGAAUAUCUACUUUGUGCAAGUACAGUAUUCGCUCUCCCAGAAAUGUCUCCUAGGAAGGCCCGGCCAGAUGCUAGCACACAUGCACAAUUAUACAACCAGGCAAGGUACCUCCACACUGUCCACCCAUCCCCCACUCAGGUUAGAGAUAUGUGCUUUCUUCUUCCUACCCCUCCUUAACUUGUUACUGGAAAUCCUCAUACUUGGACAUUCCAGCAACCUGGUACAGCUCCCCUCCCUGAAUAUUGACACAGACACACCAAGUUCCCGUGUUUCUCAUCUGGGAGGCAAAGUUUAAAGUGAGAAGGAUCAAAAUUCAUUGAAAGCUCUAUCUUGCAGCUCAUGACAAGGUCCCCAUUUCCACUGAUAGGUAUCUAAUGUUGUCUUAGACGUCUCUUUGAGAUGCUAUCCCCAGAACCAUUCAGCAAGGUGCCUUUCUCCAAGCACAAACCAACAGCUCUUUGUAGUGACUUCUAGAAUGGUCUGGAAACCAGGCCGACUCCAUCCACUUCAGUGAACUGCAGUUGUGGACCUGGGCAAUGUCUGUUUUACAGAUGGGAAAGGGAUGUUCCACCUGAGCUGGGGAUCUCCCGUGUAACCAAAGGUUUUCAGCGGGGAAGGAAUUAAGCCAGUUUCUGCUACAGUCUCACGGAAGACACACUGGAAACACUUUCCUAAGGUUGGAAUGGAUGCAUGGUAUGCUGCAGAUGGGAUACGGAAGUUACAGAGUAUAAAUGAAAGUAGAAGGAAGAUAUAUAGAGGUUUAUUCAUAUUUAUCUUGAAGCUCAGGCAAGUGCCUUGCACACAGUAGGUACUUAGAACUGUCUUGGUUACUGUCGGAUAUGCAAUGAUGUUAAGGGUAAACGUGUAAUACCUCGCCAAUCCCCCCAAGUGACCUUCUUUUCUGACCCUGCUAAUUACUGCAAAGGAGGGAAGGUGGGUAUUGAAUGCUCUCCAGAGGCUUCAUGCAGAACCGACAGUGAGGUUGACAUGGGUGCCCUGAGACCCAUGAUGACAGGUAGACUAGGUCCGCAGGGAGUCGAGGAGAGUGUCUCCCCAGCAGGCUGAGGUUGGGAGGCCGAGUUAAUCCACUUACAGGACGAAGCGUUUGGUAUUUUGAUUGUAUUGUGACCACAUUACAAAGCUGGAGACUUCCCAAAUUGGGAGCAGGCUGUGCUCUGAAAGGACACUUGCAAAUCUGCUGGGUGGCUCUCUUGAAAUAUUUCCCCACAAAUGCUGUUCUAGAUGACAGGAAAAUUGCAACUUAAUUAACAGUGUAGCUAAACUUUGAUAACUGUUCUGCAAGACUGUGUUCAUGGCCGAAUGUGCUGUUCGCUCCCUCGGGCAGCCCGCUGCUCACGUGCUCUCCAGGUAGACUCCAGGCCUGAGGAGGGCAGGCGUCUGGUGGUGACCGCUUCACCAAGGUCUUCUAACGGGUGACCCUGGGAGUCAUAAUUCAGGUCUUCACAUAUUUUAGAACCAGUCCCACCCACCUUCUCACACCAAGUGGCCCCAAAUGCUCUGGGCAUUCAGACCCCUACUCCUAAACCUCUCUGAGCAGAGAAAGAAGCACUCUCUGCUUCUCUGUCCCCUUGUACAUGGACAGCCUGUCAGGGAGCAUCUAGCUGUCCCCUUCCCAUCACAGGAUGACCGCUCGUCACCCCAUACCAAAUGCACAUACCCCCCCCACACUGGCCACUGCCUACUGGGACCAGCUGCCCUUCCUGCCUCCAACUCCCAAGCCCCCAAGAUGGAUGACUUGGGGGAGAUGCAGAGCUGGUGGCGGAGGCUGGGUGUCAGAUGCGAUCUAGGAGAAAGGAUCACUCGGAUCGGGGACCGCACGAGUAACAUGGUUGCCAUGGCAACUGGCUGCUAGUCUGAAUUAAGACGGCAGUCGGUUGUCAUUGCCAUGACAAGGCCUCUGUCUCCAGGUGCAGUGCCCUGCUGUCUCCUAAUGAAAUGGAUUUGAACUACCUCCGGGCGCGAAACACCCAGAAACUCACUUCUCUGUUGCUUCGUAGCCUAGGACUCAGGAGACCCAGAUGCUGAACGAGGCUCAUGUUUUCUCUCCCCAGCCUCCCCUGACAACCUCCACCAGGGUCCCUCCAAUGCUGCCUGGGGUACCCUAGGCCCCCAAACUCCUGUUGAAUACGUGGGUCCAUGCAAGGAGCCCAAGGCAGUCAUCAGAGCCAUUCUCUGGUCUUCCCACUCAUCCUAGUCUUUCUCUCCCGUGUUUUCUUCUCUUAUUCCUGCUUCUCCCAGCACCCCCAUCCCAGGUUCAGCCCUUUCUUUAUUCCUCUUUAAUUUUACUCCUUCUCCCCACCCUCUGCCCCAGAACUGCUGCUGGCAGCCAGGGGUGCCUCGGGACUGGAGCCUGCUUGGCCCAUCUUGGAGCGUUUAAGCUAAUGGAGGCAAAAAGAAUGAUAAAGAAGAGGCUUCCUAAACCAGCCCAGGCUUGGAGAGGAGCCCCCAGGCCAAGACCCGAACAGCCCCAGCCAAACUCAGCCACAACCAUCAGAGAAGGUCUUCUCCCCACCGCUCAAUGCAUUUGCUUUCUUAUUUCUUGGGGGAAGGGAAGGGAGGAGGGGAAAAUGUAGAAAAAGGGCAGUCAUCUUUUCUAGAAGAGUAUAAAUUGUCCAAGAUGUAUAGUAUUUGUCAGUAUUUUUUUUUCUGGAAAAUUCAAACACAUGCAAGAGAAAAAUUUAUUUAAAUAAAAGACUUCGAAAAUAAAAA